ACUCCGCGAAAUUUGAAAAAAAGCUGUUUAUGUUUGUUUACUGUUUAAAGACAACUUUAAGUGGUUCUUUUUCGCAGAAAAGCUUUUAAUUCAAUUAUAAAUAUGCUAUUGCAAUAUUUUAGAUACUUUAUAAACGUAUAAAUUAUGAUUCCAAUUCCCCAGGUCCUUUAUUAUUUAUUGAUGUGCAUGAAUUAUGAGAUUUUAAGAUAUUUGAUACUAAACAAUCUGAAAGGGAUUUUUAUUUCUAAGUUUUGCUAUUGAUUUAAGAAGAAAAAUUUUAAUUUCAAUUUUGUGUGAAUAAAUUUAUUUGAGGAUCUAGUUGCAAUGUUAAGGAUUAUCACAAAGUGUGUUAAAAUAAAGCAAUAUUUUUCUCUCUUUCUGCAUGAAAAAUGAAGCACCUGUAGAUGAUGCUGCAAUUUUCUGGGACAUUCAUCUGUUACUUAUGAGUAAUAAUUUGGAGCAAUUCAUCAUCUUCUGAGAGACAAAGAAUGGAUGUGGGAAGCAAAAAACUACUUGAGUUUUAUCAAAAUAAAUUUGAUGAAUUACUUAAAAGAGAGGAUAAGUAUAAAGAAAAGACAGACAAGUAUUUAAAACAGCUCAUAGCCGAUAAAUAUGAACUUGAAGCUGAAAUCGACAGGAAAGUAGAGAAGAUAUCUGAUUUACAAAAGGCUCUUGUUGACCUGCAGUUGAGCUGUUUUGAAGAAAAAGCACGUUUUUUGAACGUUGCUGAUGAAAAUGAACGCCUUAAGAGAAAUGAGGAGUUGCUUCAUAAGAAUAUUCGCCAACUUUUAUCACAUUCCAAAGAUAAAGAUCUUAGGGACAAAAUUAUCUAUAUUCUUCAGGAUCCUAACGUAGAAAUACUUUCUCGGCAUGUUGAAGGGACAUCAGCUGGUACUUCUUCUUCUGUGACAAAAAAGAAAUCAACUAGUGAUCUCUUAAAGGAUGAGAUUCAGCAGUUGCAGUCAAAAAUAGAUGAAUAUAGUAAAAUUUCAAAGAAUAAUUCUGAUGUUAUUCUAGAAGACUGUAGAGUUGCGUUAGAAAAAUCUAAGGAAAAAAUUUUAGAAGAUGAGCAAGAAAUAAGAAAACUGCAAAAAAAUCUUCAAAAAAGUGAAUCAGAGAUCCAUGGUCUUCGUAGUAGCCAGAGUACGCAUCAGAGUCAAAGUGCUGAACAGUUGUCUAGAUCCAGAAUUAAUGUUCCAUCUUCUAGUAAGAGUGAUGAUGUUAUUCAUAGAACUAGCAUGCAGUCUCGUCGACCGCUUGCGUCCGACAUGAGAGAUCUGAAGUUCUCUUUAGCUUCUGUGACCCAAAUUUCAUCUAAGAUUGAGUCGCUUUUAACAAACAUUAAAUCUUCUGAUAUAUUUAUCCAUACUGCUAAGCAACGUGCUGCGAGGGCGGUAUCCAAAUAUGCAGCAGAAACGGACAUUUUGGAGUUGCAGAACUGUGUACGUAAGAGCAACCGCUUAACCUAUGACAUCAGCAAUAUUUGGAAGUCUCUAAGCAAGGAAAUCACGGAACAAAACAUGACAGUCAGGCAAAGAGAUAUACAGCAGCUUGAGGCUUCUAUAACCAACCUAGCUGUAUCUUCAGCAGAGGCUGAAAUGAUAACUAUGGGUCUGAGCAGGGCUAAAUUCUUUGAUUAUCUCGUAAACCGAACCGUGUCGUUGUCUGACCUCGAAGACGAGAACGAUGUGGCUCGCGAUCAUUCGAAGUGUGUUGCCGAUGUAGUGACUUUGGGAGACAAAGUUAAGUAUGCCGCUCUUUCGGUUAAAACUGCAACCGACAUUAUUGAGAGAAUCGAUCGGAAUAUCGAUCUUGUUGAAAAAUACGAAAGCAAGAGUUUUCCUGGAAGAAGAUAUGAAGAAAACCAAGCAAAUACUAUUCAUCUGAGCAGUUCUGAACCUUAUAUUAAAACUGUACCUGGGUCUAAUAUGUUAGUCGAUGAAUUUUUAUCCAUUUAUUAAUUUGACUGUUUAUGUGUUGUU